AUGGAUCAGACGUUGCUGCUCUCCGUGCUGCUGAGUCAGCUGUGUUUGUCAGUGUCUCUGGACCUUCAGUACCACUUUAUAGAUAAGAACAUGUCGUGGUCUGAGGCUCAGAGUCACUGCAGAGAGUUCUACACAGACCUGGCCUCAGUGAACAACAUGAAGGACCUGAAGAACCUGAAGGCUGCUGCAAACGGACGCACGGACGCCUGGAUCGGACUUCAUCAAACCAGUGACAAACUCACAGACAGGAAAUGGCACUGGUCUCAGCCCACAGUCAGAUACAAGGAAGGACACGAUACAUGGCAAUCAGGGCAACCAAAUGAUGCUGGAGGACCUCAGAACUGUGUGGGGAUAUUCAGUAAUGGCGAGUGGUAUGAUUAUCAAUGUUCACAUGAAAACGUAUGUUUUAUCUGCUACAACGAGUCCUCCAACACUACUGUCAUGAUCAAUGAUGCCAAUAACAAAAGAACCUGGACAGAGGCUCAGCAGUUCUGCAGAACUCACCACACUGACCUGAUGAGUGGACUGGACCAGCUCAAACUGUUACAGGAACAGAACUUUACGUAUUCUUCAUUCUGGUGUUGGUUCGGUCUGUUCCGGGACACCUGGAGCUGGUCCGACAGAAGCGACUCUUCUUUCAGAAACUGGAACUCAGACACAUCGAUAAAUCCACAGACAAAGAAAUGUGCAGCACUGGGAGCCGAGGGCCGAUGUGAGAGCGACGAAUGUGGACUAAAGAAAAGCUUCAUCUGUGAAGGAGCUCCGAAGAAUACUUCCGUUGGCGCCGCGCUGCCCGGCCGGAGGACGUGUGCCUCGAGUGGAGUAGAAGACGAAGAAAGAGGGCGACAGGAGACUGAAUCUGGUCUCCAGAAGACAUGUUGUGGAAGUGUAAGAUUCAUGGAGAGCUUCACGGUCGACAAGUUCUGCAGAUUCUGUCUAGCGAGCAGCAGAGACGCACAACAGCAAGAGAUGGCUAUGCAAGAGAAAUUCAUCAUGAGGGUUAUUGUCUCAGAGGGAGACAUCAGAAAGUCUACAAUGACAACACGACCGGACACACUUGAAGAGUUGAUUGGCUGGCUUAAAGGCACUCUCCAAGCAAAUUACAACUUCGUCCUACAGUACCAAGACCCCGACUUUAACAAUGAACUGUGUAACCUUGAAGAUGUCUCAGACCUCCCAGAUAAGCCAACCAUUAAAAUCAUCCCUAUGGUUGAAUUGUAUCCAGAGGGGUUGGAUGACCACAACCUGGAAGCAGCUCGCCAGGUUCUAGUCAAUGAAAUGAUGAAAGCGAAGCCAAAUGGGUCCCUUAUUAAGAAAGAGAUGGAUAGGACCUUUGCUCUUCGGAGAAAAGAAGUUGUGACAGACAAGCCUGCAAUUACCCAGAUUGUACAGCGAUGGCCAGCACUUUUCUCUGAGAGCCAGGUGUGUUGCGAGUUCACCCGUGUGGUGGGGAAAAAUCUCAAAGAAAACUUCUUUGAGGCACUUGACCGUUUCUCACCAAACUUGAUGGACCUCUUCAGGAAGAAGAAGGGCCUCAGUGGACAGAUUUUAACUGACCUUUUACGUCAGACAAAGACCACUGAGCCAACAGACAUCAGGUGCCUUUGUCUUCGGGGACUGCCAGUCGUCUUGGGGGAUGACCCCUCUGCGUUCUUCAAAACCUGCUCGGAUGCAACUGACAAGGACUUGUACAGUGAAACUUCAGUGGGAAUCCUCUGCAUUGACGAACAUCCUCAACUCAACCCAUCCAGAGUGAGCAUCGUCUUGGAAGGGAGUCAGCUGUGUUGGUCAGUGUCUCUCGACCUUCAGUACCACUUUAUAGAUAAGAACAUGUUGUGGUCUGAGGCUCAGAGUCACUGCAGAGAGUUCUACACAGACCUGGCCUCAGUGAACGACAUGAAGGACCGGAAGAACCUGAAGGCUGCUGCAAACGGACGCCUGGAUCGGACUUCAUCAAACCAGUGA